AAUGGGAAAAUUGUAAACAAUUGUAAUAUGGCUAGCUUAAAACCAGGUCGUUUAGUAGUUAUGCUUGCAGGUAGAUAUGCAGGAAAGAAGGCUAUUUUGAUUAAAGCAAAUGAAGAAUCAACUAAAGUAAAUCAAAUAUUGAUUUAUUUUAGGAUGCAAAAUUCCCUAAUGGUUUAGUCGUUGGUAUCUAAAGAUAUCCAAGAAAAGUAACCAAGAGAAUGGGUUUAAAGUAAAUCAGAAAGCGAACUACAUUGAAAGUGUUCAUUAAAUAAUUAAAUCUUAAUCACAUUAUGCCAACAAGGUAAUAAUUUAAUACAAUUUUAUUUUAGAUAUAGAUUAGAAGAAUCAACAUUGAAGGAAGUUAGAGAUAGAAUUGAAAGAGUUAAGGAAUCUGAAUUAAAGAAUGUUGAAAAAAGAAAAGAAUUGAGAAAGAAUCUUAGAAAAUAUUUAGCUGAGAAAUACAGAACAUUACCAGCAGGUAGUUUGGCUGAUAAGAAAGCUUAAUCAAGAUUCCUAUUCUCAAAAUUGAGAUUCUGAU